UUUUCGUCGUGUGGUCAGCCCUACUGCAAAGAUGGUCAACGUGCCUAAAACCCGAAGGACUUUCUGUAAGAAGUGUGGGAAGCACCAACCUCACAAAGUGACCCAGUACAAGAAGGGCAAGGAUUCCCUGUACGCGCAGGGGAAGAGGCGCUACGACCGCAAGCAGAGUGGCUACGGGGGGCAGACGAAGCCCAUCUUCCGGAAGAAGGCCAAGACCACGAAGAAGAUUGUGCUGAGGCUUGAGUGCGUGGAGCCCAACUGCAGGUCCAAGAGGAUGCUGGCCAUCAAGAGAUGCAAGCAUUUUGAACUGGGAGGAGAUAAGAAGAGGAAGGGCCAAGUGAUCCAGUUCUAAGCUUUGAGAUUCUUCUCUUAUUUUUGAGAGGAAGAGGUUGAAGCCAUAAAAAAAUUACCUGUAUGAAAAUAAAUGUUGAUAGUCUUA